GGGACAUUUAACAGCUCCACAUGUCGGCAGGUUCAGUUCAGAUGCCAAAGACUUUCUUGCAUGAGAAGAAGCUGCUUUAGUUAUUCUCGUUUUAACGACGCCGUUUGGAAGAAGAGAUGGCGCUGAUGGGAGUUCAGCUUGUGGUCAGCUUACUGGCCGCCAGCAUAAUGCAGAGGAUGGCUCCACAUUGCUCAUUUGCACGCUGGCUGCUCUGCAACGGCAGUUUGUUGCGAUUCAAACACCCUUCAGAGGGAGAGCUGUGUGCCCUGGCAGGAAAGCAGAUGCCCAAACAAAACAGGAGAGACAGGCGGCAGAAUGGGGAGAAUAAACCGCUCACUGUGCCCAAAGACAUUGACCUUCACCUGGAGAAAGCACCAGUCAACGUCAUUGACGCUCUCGUGCUGCGCUUUUUCCUGGAGUACCAGUGGCUUGUAGAUUUUGCAGUCUAUGCAACCGGAGUUUUCCUCUUCACUGAGUGUUACUAUAGUGUGGUAGAUGCCAGCAAAGAGGUUAAUAUUGGAGCCAUCUGGUGUGUCCUGACUGUUCUCUUCUGUCUAAAGACCCUUCACACCCUAAUGAGCCACUACUUCCGCUCUGAGGAGGGUGGUGAGCGCUCAGUGUGCCUUGCCUUUGGUUUUCUGUGUCUGCUUGUGGCCAUGCUAGUGUUGGUUGUCAGAGAGGACUACCUGGAGUUCGGCCUAGAGCCAGGUUUUUCCAGCCUCUUUGACAACUUGGAAAUCUUUGUCAAACAGCAGGGCUACGCUGACUGGUCAAUCCCAGUGACUAAGCUGACAGUGAAGCUUGGUUUGGCUGCUGUCUGUGCCUACAUCGGAGCUCUCUUGGCCUUCCCUGGACUGCGGCUGGCUCAAACUCACCUAGAUGCGGUACAGAUGAACUCAGACCGCCCACUCAUCCAGAUUCUGCUGCAUAUGGGUUUUCUGUCUCCAGUCAUUGUGUUGGUUUUGUGGGUGAAACCCAUUGCAAGAGACUUCCUGGCCAAUGCACCUAUGGGAAAGACCUCUGUCACUUUAGUAUCCAGUGAAGCAUUUGACAGCAUGCGUCUUUGGAUGAUCGUGGUGUCGUGUGUGCUGCGGCUGGGUCUCACCCGUUAUCACCUCCAGGCCUACCUCAACCUAGCUCAAAAAUGGGUAGAGCAGAUGAAAAAGGAGGCAGGACGUAUUGCUGCAAUUGACAUCCAGCGAAAGGUUACACGUGUGUUUUGCUACCUGACAGUAGUUAGUCUUCAGUAUCUGAUUCCAAUUCUGCUCAUCCUAUUCUCAACACUGUCACUUAAGGCACUGGGGGACUUCUCCUGGAGUACAGGUGCCCAGGAUACCCCUGGUGUGACACCAGCAAUCAUCAUGCCAACAGCUGCACCUGUCCUGUCUGGAGCUCUAGAUGAAGAUGAAGAAGGGAUGGAGGACAUGGAGGAAGACAUCCAAGCUACAGUAGCUCGACUGUCAGAGACUUUCACAGCGCUGCGAUCUGUCCUGACACCGCUUUUCUACAGAGGGUUUUUUGCCUUUCUCACCUGGUGGGUGGCUGUCUGCCAGGUCAUAAGCUCUCUAUUUGGCAUCUACUUCCAUCAGUACCUUAUGCAAAACUAACUGAGGAAAAUGGAGUGCCAUACUUCUAUACAUCCAGCAAUCGGCUCACAUUAUGCUGUUGCACAGGAUGCCUGCAGACAGCAGAGGGGACAUUUCAAUAAAAUAGAACUACAGCUGGAUUGCACCAUCUUUCUGGUCGUAACUGAUCAAGGUUGGAUGCUGUCUGUUGCAAUAUUUACUACUUUGUUGACCUUGUAACUUUUUGAGACCAGCAGGACUCUGGCAUUAGUAACACACAAAUAUACAGAAAGAACUGAGUGGGGGUCUGCAUCACAAAUCAAGUUCAGUUUAGUCCGCCUUAACAUGUAUCACAAUGUGAAUUCUAAAUUGGCUCAGUAAAAUCUGGGUUUAAUUAAGAUAAGAUAAGAUAACCUUUAUUAGUCCCACACGUGGGAAAUUUGUUUUGUCACAGCAGGAAGUGGACAGUGCAAAAGUUAUGAAGCAAAAAUGAGAAUAAAAUAAAAUAAGAA